CGAUAAGUUAUAACUUGAACAAUUAAUAUGAUUGAGAAUCCAUUGUCAUCAUAUCAUGAUGAACACGUGCUCUACUUGUGAAAAUAAAUCUUGUUAUUCGUGAAUUAUAUUAUUUCAAUUAAAAAUGAACCACGUAUUGGAGUCAACAACCGUUUGUCUAUUUAGUUUGUUCAUCGAAUGUUUUUCAUAUUACUCAGAAUUUGACUCAGAUGUCACUGAGCCUCCAGGGAGAAUAAACGAGAUCGGAGCCUGCUACUCCCUUUCGUGCAUCAUGAACACCUUCAACAAGUCUGAGUACAGGAGUCUACCCCAAGUGAGAGACCUCCUAGAGACCUACCACUACAACUGUUACCUGAGAGACAUGAAUUCAGUCUCUAGAAGACAUGUCUUCAUCGUCAUUGAAGCCCCGAGAAGACGAAAGAGGUUUCUGAUAGCUAAGCGUCUGGGGAAGGCGCUGGGCGCAGCGGUGAUGUUCAGCCCCCCUGUGGGGUGGGGGAAAUUCAGAGGGUUCUUCAACAAGACCAUCGAGAUGCGCAGAGCGUUCCACUCCCUCAGUCUCUACGGGACAGCCAACAACGCCCUGCAGUAUCUUGGGCGUCGCCCAGUCGUCAUGUCUGGGUUUUGGCUGGAUCAAGCAACCUUCUCGAUCGCCAAGAAAUACUACCCAGACCUCCCACCACCAGAAUCUUCUAUCUUCCAGUGGCCUAAGGACUUGUUGAAACCUGACUUCACCUUCUUUGUGAAUGAACCUCUCCCCAGAGCGUUCAUUAAAAAGAGAGAAGAAUCCAUCAGAUACCAGAUUCUCCAGGUCUACAGGAGAUGGGUGGAUCCUCCGAUUACGGAACUGUACGUGGACAAUGACAUCGGGAUACCAGCAGUUGUCGAGGAGAUGCUCACCUUCAUUAACAAUCCAGCGCUCACACCCUCAUCGUUGAGAACCUAAUGAGUAAAUGAUUAUAACAAAA